CUAGCGCAAUAGAAGCCACAGAUGCAAGCUUUUCUGUCUGUAUUUCUUAUCGCCUUUGGUUCUUCUUCCGCCAACGUGAAUUUGGAUCCAGCAUCCAGUUCCUUUUUCUUUCUUUCUUUUUUUUUUUUUUAAUAAACAUUUUCCGUUUUUGUCGUGAUUCGAAGUUGAAUUUGGAUCCCGAAGUCUUGUCCUUCCAUUAGGGUUUUAGAGCCGUCACAUUUGUUUUUAUUUAAUUCAUUUUUCGUCGGGCUUUGAUUGAUUGGCUCCGCCUCCAUAUUCGAUCGCCAUACUGUUUCAGAAUUCCAUUUUCGGUCGCUGAAGCUGAUGCUGGUGAAUUUUGCGCUUUAAUUCGUUAAAUGGGAUGGACUGCUUAUCUUCUUUAUGCAUCCGUCUUUAAUCGGCUUAUGCUAAUGUAUGUACAAAUGGUUUUCAUAGUAUCAAAUUUGCACUUGAUCUUAGCACCAUACAUAGGAGUCAUAUAGUUAACCACACCUUUAGAUUAUUUAUGAAUUAUAAUUGAUCUUUCAUGAAAUGUAGACCAUUUAAUUCAUUGACAUUCUUGGUAAGUGCUUAAAAACUUCUAUCUUGUUUUUGUACCAUGUUAACAGCGAUUCAGAUUAGAUAGCUAUAUGUGAAUCUUUGCUGGAAGGAUGAAGAGCAUUAGGGAUUGGGUUUUUUCCUCAAUUGGUUUCCAAGUCAUUGGUCUCAUCUAGACCAUUGUCAGGCAGUGACAGUUUUUUUAUGAGGAACUUCUGGAUGAAGAAUUUGAUGAACAAGGUUUCUGUUGAAGAUUCCUAUGGUUCCCUUCAUAGAUCUGAUAAGAGAGAUAUGGAUCAAUUCGCGAAGAUUGAGGAUCUCCACAUUAAGCUCUUCCGCCUUCUCCAACGGCUUGGGCAGUCACAGGACAAUCUUCUGGUUGCAAAGGUUUUAUACCGAAUAAACCUAGCAACCUUAAUACGAGAAAAGGAAUUGGACUUGAAAAGAGUUAACCUUGUAAGCAAUAGAGCCAAAACAGUAGCUGCAGAACAGGAGGCAGCUGGCCUACCUGAAUUGGACUUCUCAUUUAGAAUACUUGUACUAGGGAAAACAGGGGUUGGCAAAAGUGCUACCAUAAAUUCUAUAUUUGAUCAAGUGAAAACCUUGACUGAUGCAUUUCAACCAGCCACUGAUCGUAUCCAAGAGGUUGCGGGAACGGUUAAUGGGAUUAAAAUUACUGUAAUUGAUACCCCUGGCCUCUUACCUUACUCUUCCAGUAAUGUGAGAAGAAAUAAGAAGAUUCUGCUAUCUGUGAAAAGAUUUAUUAAAAAAUCUCCCCCGGAUAUUGUUUUGUACUUUGAACGCCUUGAUGUCAUCCAUAUGAGCUAUAGCAAUUUUCCUCUUUUGAAGCUUAUAACUGAAGUUUUUGGUACUGCAAUUUGGUUCAACACUAUCCUUGUAAUGACCCACUCUUCUUCAGCUCUUCCUGAAGGACCUAAUGGUUACCCUGUCAGCUAUGAGUCCUAUGUGACCCAAUGUACAGAUUUGGUGCAGCACCAUAUACACCAGGCUGCUUCCGACUCAAGACUUGAAAACCCUGUACUUUUGGUUGAGAACCAUCCCCAAUGUAAGAAAGAUGUAGCAGGGGAAAAAGUACUUCCAAAUGGGCAGGUGUGGAAAUCUCAGUGCUUGUUAUUAUGCAUUUGUACUAAAGUUCUGAGUGAUAUCAACAAACUAUUGAAUUUUCAAGACAGCAUUGAACUGGGACCAGUACCUACUAUGCGCCUGCCUUCUCUACCCCAUCUGCUCUCAUCUCUUCUGCGACGUCGCUCUAUAUCAAGUUCAAAUGGAAUGGAUGAUGAGACCAGUGAGAGUUUAUUUUUAAACACAGAGGAAGAAGAUGAGUAUGAUCAAUUACCUCCAAUCCGAAUCCUGACAAAAUCUCAGUUUGAGAGAUUGACAAACUCACAGAGAAAAGACUAUCUUGAUGAGCUGGAUUACCGGGAACUUCUUUAUCUGAAGAAACAGCUGAAGGAAGAGUUCAAGAAGCGGAUGGAGAAUAGGCUUUCCAAGGAGGAAAAUUUGGUGAAUGACAAUAAUAAUGAUGGCCAGCAGGUGCCUCCAGAGACAAUUAUGUUACCAGAUAUGGCAGUACCCCCAAGUUUCGACUCCAAUUGUCCUGUGCAUAGGUACCGUUGUGUUGUCACAUGUGACCAGUGGCUUGUAAGACCUGUUCUUGACCCAAAAGGAAUGGAUCAUGAUGUCGGCUUUGACGGAAUAAACCUUGAAACAGCUGUGGAAAUAAACAGGAAUGUCCUUGCCUCGGUCACAGGGCAGGUGAGUAAGGACAAGCAGGAUUUCAGUAUCCAGAUGGAGUCUGCUGCUGCUUUCACAGAUCCCAGAGGGCCAACUUAUUGUGUUGGUCUUGAUGUUCAAUCUUCUGGUAGGGAUAUGAUCUAUACAGUUCAUAGCAACACAAAGCUGAGGACCCUAAAGCAUAACGCUGCUGACUGUGGACUUUCUUUUACGACUUUUGGAAAGAAGUAUUGUGUUGGUGCCAAGAUUGAAGAUACCAUUGCAAUUGGGAAGAGAUUGAAGUUUGUGGUUAAUGCUGGGCGAAUGUGGAGUCCUGCACAAGUGGCUCAUGGUGGGAGUUUUGAAGCUACUUUAAGAGGGAGUGUAUACCCAGCAAGAAAUGAUAAUGUCAGUCUGACGGUGACAAUCCUCUCCUUCAACAAGGAAAUGGUUUUGGGUGCAGGUUUACAGUCUGAAUUCCAGCUGAGUAGAAGCUUGAGAGUUUCAUUUAACGCCGAUCUAAAUAGUCGCAAAAUGGGACAGGUUUGCAUAAAAACAAGUAGCUCUGGUCAUUUGAUGAUUGCUUUGGUUGCGGCUCUCACAAUGUUCAGGGCUAUGGUACGGAGAAUGGCAAAUGAAAGUAGCAUGGAAGCAUUGGAGGGGGGAUAAAUUGUGCUGGAUAUUUUUGGUCCAGAGGAUUCUGUAGUGGGAAAGCAAUCCACAUCAACUGAGAUAUGGACCUUUUACAAAUAAGGAUGACGAGACAAAAAUUUGAGUUUUCAAAUAGAUCAUUCGCUAUAUUUUUGUUGUUUAAGACGUCCACUUUGGAAGGAUGGCAAGUCAUCCCUAUCUCAGCCAUUAGACAAGGAUCUGAAGUUCAUGUCACUGCGAGUAUCCAUUCAAGCUGACAGCUUUGGCUACAGAGGUUUGCAUUAAACUAAAUUGAGGUGAUGACUGUACAGAAAAGCAUAGAGAAUCAGUUUUUAUUUUUCUUGUUUCCGGUGAAUUGUAGUAGUAGUCCACAUAGGAGGUGCCAAUGAAUAAUUCUUUACAAAUCAUUGAAGAUUUUUGGAUUCUGUUUUAGCUCCCUUAUGUUUUGUUAAUUGGCCAAUUAUUAGACAA